AUGCAGUCUGUCAACACAACUAUCAAUGGAUAUGCAAGCGCUCAUGAUGAUGUGUAUGUAGGUUCCACUGAGAUGUGGUUUGCUGUCAUAGGAGCAAAUGGUCACUCCACGCUCCGAAUGAACGUUAAGAUAAUGUCCAUUGGCCUAUUAAGAGCAACACCGGGAACAACACCAGGAACAACACCAGGAACAACACCAGGAACAACCCAAGGAACAGCACAAGGAACAACAUUCGGCACACCACCUCAAACAACACCAGGAAAUACAACAGCUACAACACUGGGAACAGCGUCGGCUACUACGCCUGAAACAACACCAGCUACAACACUUGGAACAACAACGGGAACCACACUAGGUACUACAUCAGGCCCAACAACAGGUAACACCGAUCCUUGCACCCAACGAAACCCGUGCGUCAAUGGUGGCUUUCGUCCUAGUGGACAAGGACAGUACGAGUGUGAAUGCCAAGAUCAUUAUGAGGGGAUCCAUUGUGAUGAACCGACUCUUCCUAUUGAGGUUUCUGUCAAUCCGUCAAGCCAGAUAGUCAACAUCAACGCCAAUGUGGAGCUGACAUGUAGUUUCAACAAUGCCAAGCGAUUCCACUGGUACAAAGACGAUGUCCUUUUGCCUAACGAUCAGAAUCAGAAUCCUUUGAUAAUCAUGUCUGUCACGCCAAGUGACAUCGGGUAUUACUUCUGCCGAGGCUCUGGGAGAAAUGGAGAAACUUUAGACACGAUGCGAGCAUCUGUUUAUGUCAAAGAUCUGACCAACAUAAUAGUUUUGAACGCUAGAUUUGCCAUUCCAUUCAGCGAUGAGCUUCAUGACCAAACGUCUAAUCUCUAUAAAGAGACGGCGCUCAACAUCAGCACCUAUGUGGAGCAAGGCCUCCGAACCUUCACUGGGUUGAAGAGUCUAUCAGUAGUAUGCAGAGCCCUAAGACCAGGAAGCGUCAAAGCUGACAUGAAUAUCUACAUCGAGCGGACCAAUAUGACGGCACCGGAGACACAAGAUCUUAUUGGUCUAGCUCUUGAUAGUCUAUCCAAUGAAUCGAGAGGAUUUCUCGAUUCAAACACCAUCUCAGUUCAAGAUAACGGUACCAAUUUCAUUCACUAA